AUGUAUCAUGUUGUCCAGCACAUUAAGCGACACAACAUCGUGCUGAAGAGAGAACUGGGAGAAGGAGCUUUUGGAAAAGUUUUCCUGGCCGAGUGCUACAACCUUUCACCUGACCAGGAGAAGAUACUCGUUGCUGUCAAGACGCUGAAAGAGGCCAGUGAAAACGCCAGGAAGGAUUUCCACCGAGAGGCCGAGCUGCUGACCAACCUACAGCAUGAGCACAUUGUCACGUUCUAUGGCGUUUGUGUGGAGAGCGACCCUCUCAUCAUGGUGUUCGAGUACAUGAAGCACGGAGACCUGAACAAGUUCCUCAGGGCUCACGGACCAGAUGCAGUUCUGAUGGCAGAAGGCCAGACCACCAGACCCGUGGAGCUGACCCAGUCUCAGAUGCUCCAUAUUGCCCAACAGAUAGCAUCUGGCAUGGUCUACCUGGCUUCACAGCACUUUGUGCACCGCGACUUGGCCACCAGGAACUGUCUGGUGGGUGAGAACCUGCUGGUAAAGAUCGGAGACUUUGGCAUGUCCAGAGAUGUUUACAGCACGGACUACUACAGGGUCGGAGGUCAUACCAUGCUGCCAAUCCGCUGGAUGCCCCCUGAAAGCAUCAUGUACAGGAAGUUCACCACAGAAAGUGAUGUUUGGAGUCUAGGAGUCGUCCUUUGGGAGAUCUUCACCUACGGGAAGCAGCCUUGGUACCAGCUCUCCAAUAAUGAGGUGAUCGAGUGCAUAACUCAAGGUCGGGUGUUGCAGCGUCCCAGAACCUGCCCCAAAGAGGUGUAUGACCUGAUGCUGGGCUGCUGGCAAAGAGAACCACACAUGAGACUCAACAUUAAAGAAAUCCAUGGUCUGCUCCUUAACCUGGCCAAGGCCUCACCUGUUUAUCUGGAUAUACUGGGCUGAACAAGAGGAGGAGGAAACGCAGUGUGUGUGCAAGCUGUGUGUGGGGAUAUAUUUAAAUGUAUAUGUGCAUUUAAAGUUUGCAUGCAUGUGUAUGUGAGUCAAAGUGGGCAUUGGGACACUUCCGACUGAAGUGUUUGAUGCUCAUGCAGGUGUGUGUGUGUGUGUGUGUGUAGGUGUGUAUGCGUAUGCAGAAUGUGUAACUGUACAGGAUGUGAAGCUCACUUUAUGGCAAUCAAAAAAUAUCCCUUCAACUCCUCCCUUCAUCACCUCUUUCCCACCGGCCAACUUCUUCACCUGUGUGCAAUCCGAUUCGUUCUGCUUCUUCACCAAGGAGACUUUUAUCAGGAGUGAUUUAACUUUCAAGCUUCUCACUUCUUCUCAGAUGCUUUAAACUCACUGAUAAAAUAAACAAACAAACAGAUGAAUAAGACUUGAAAUUAACUGACUUAUCCCUUUGCUGCCUGUAAGACAACAGGUCGUGUUUGAACAUCUGGGAAACUCAAGGCGGAGCAGCGAGAGAAGGAGGAGGAAUUUCUGGAAGCUCCGACCAUUUUGCUUGUAAAUAGGAGACUGAUGGGACACUUCCGGAGAAACGGCUCUGCGAGAUGCCGUGCCGUUAAGACACUGUGUUAUCCUCUUUCGCCCCAGUCUGUCUUUUUUUCUGUCUCCCUCUCUAAAAUGAGGUUUACAGUCAGCAGUCAACCAGCAGGACUACAAGCGCAACGAUCUAGACAUCAGUAUGCAUGUGGGAAAUUGAGCGUGACACAACAAUGGCCAGAAAGGGAAAGAAAAGUAAACACAAUCUCCUUCCCUGCCUGUCAGAUGAAAUUAAAAGGUGCGUUGAGGAGAUCAUUUCUGGUUGGUCGAUAUUGCUGAUGCACAAAACAAUUGGUGACAACACAGCUGCCACCGACUACUGUGGUGAAAAGAGAUUUCAGACACCAUGCUGAGGUAAUCACGUACAUGGGUUUGCAUUUUACAAUUUUUAUCUGUUGCAUUUUACUUUCCUCAGGCCUGAGAUGCAAAGUCAUACAGAGCAGAGUAAUACGAUAACUACUCCACCCCGAACCUUCGAAGCGACAGAUGCUCCACUUGUGAUGUCAAGCGUUUGUGUCGGAGGUCAAUUGAUUCAUUUGUCCGCAGCUGUCCGACAAUCGCAAAAUCACAGUGUUGGGGGAAAUCGGGGGUUGGUGGGUGGAGGGCUGGUGAGCGUAAAGGCUGCUGAGGGAGUUUGGGUAUCGAGUGGUCAGACCAUGGUCAAAUGUGUGGGUGACUGCACUGUAGAAGGUGUGGUUCAUCUGGUCAACCCCUAUUAAAUCUUCAAAGCUCUCAGCACUCAGACAUUCUUGAAAACCGCAUCUGCGUAAGAGGGGAUGCACACGAGAGCACGCCCACACACAUCUAUCGUACACCUCAUCCCGUCAUCCCUGCGUCCCCCCCACACCCCCACCCCGCUCACUGAAAGACACUCAAAACGGGCCGAGAAGGAAAUUGAAUUGUACAUGUUUUAUUAUUUGAGCGGUGCAGUGCUUUAGCCGAGCCCCGUCCCCUGUAAUGGUGUAAUGUAUAUUUCAUUACGGCUAAUGGGCUCCAUUAGCACAGUCUCCUCACAGACAUUCAAGACUUAUUGUUUUAUGGCUGAGAAGAAGGGAUGGAGGGAUGGAAAGGUGAAGGAGAAGAAAACAGUUAGGCUCGCCGGAUUUAGGAGCGGCGACGCGUAGGGAUACGGGCAGUUGUAUUAAUGCGUCCUGGAAAGCAAUUGAGCAGACUACAGAGGGGAAGCAGGGAAGUAAAAAGAAAGGGACUGGAGACAGACUUGGCAGGAUGAAGGAGGGAGAGAGGUGAGAAUCUCCUCUGGGAAAAAAAAAAAAGAAGUGUGAACAUCCAUCAUUACUACGGCCAGCAGAUGUUCUGUGAGCCACAACUUCAACUUUACGCUCCCUUCACAUUCCUGCAGCUGCCGUCACCACAGACACGCAACCACACAUUUAAAUGCAGGCCAGGGUUUCCGCAGGGUCUUAAAAAGUUCAAAAGUUUUAAACGUAUUAGUACUCAAAUUUAUUCAAUGAGGUCAGAUUUUCCAUAGGCCUUAAACUAAACAUUCUUUUUGACUUUCAUCAACUUCUUUUAUCAUUUGGAAAUGUGUAAUGUCUUUGCACUGUGAUUGGUUGUCUAGACUGUGUUAUCAUGCCAUAAUAAAACUUCAAACCCUAUAAUGCAGGACAGCAAUAAGCCCUAUGGCAAGGAAUUUGUCCUCAGACAUUCAGCCUUCCUCCCAAACCUGAAGAAGUUUGAUGCUUGUGAAAUUUACCUUUGGGCUUAUAAUUUUAUAUUUAGGUAAUUAAAUGCAACUGAUUUUUUUUUGUUUGUUUGUUUUCCACCAGUUACAUACUUGGUAUUUAAGAAAGAACUACAAAGCAAAAUAAUUGCAUAAAGAGAAAAGAAAGAAGAAAAUAAAAAAAAUAAACCAAUAAAUACCUAAGGCAUAAUAAAAUGACUGUUUACAGUCAAGGUUAUAAAUUAUGAACCUUGAAUAGCAACUCAGAAAUGAUCUAGGCCCAAAUAUUUCCAUACUUUUGAGACCAAUAACAAGAUUUUAAAAUCUAUUCUUUUACAAACUGGGAACCAGUGCAGUGAUUUGUGAUCUUGUGUGAUGUAGUUUUCCUCUGUUGGUCAGAACUGUUGCCUCAUUUUUAAUGAGCUUAUGCUGACCAACUUUUUAACAGAGACCAGUAGUGACAAUUAAAAUCUCCCAGUUUGUUAAAAUCUAGAUCUGAGUCAUCUAUGAUCUUUAGCCAAUACUCUAGUUAAUUGCUGACCACUAAUCUUUUAUUUUUGGGACCAACAGCCAGUUUACUGAUUAGCAUUAAUAUAGAUACAAUUCUGACUUCCACUCAUUAAAUUAUGGACACACUGACUUUAAGCUCAUGAUGAAAUGUGGUGAUAUGGUGAGACACAAAGCUGUGUGUCAUCGUGGUAAAAACAAUGUUUGAUUCAUUUACAAUCUGAACCAGGAAGUGCGUGUAGAUGAAGAAAAGUGGCCUAUAAUUUAUAAUUACCAAAUGAAACAAAGUCGUCACAGUCUGGUGAGUAACAUCUGAACCAAUCUAGGAAAGUACCAGACACACCCGCCUCCUUUACUAGUGCAUCAGUACGCUUGGAUCAGCUGUGUUGAGAUCCAGUGAAACGACAAACAAGCGUCAGGCACAUCAACAUUUAAAAGCUUUACUAAUGUUCUCUCAGUGCUGAGGUGUGAUCAAAAACUGGACUGGUAUGAAUUAAAGAGAUUGUUUUUGUUUUAUCAACGAUGAACUAAUUUGUUGCUGUUUGCCAAGAAGUCGUUAGGCCAGAAACAGAACUGUAGUUACUUUUUUAUUGAAGCGUCCGCGCUCGGCUGUAUAAAAAUUGGUUUGAUAUCUGAAGCUUUGAAAUAAUUUUUAUGAAGGUUACGAUACACUGUAGGAAGGUAUUUGAGGUUUAUUAGCAAGUUCAAAGGCACUAAAGUAAAAUACAAAUUUAUGUUGACAAGGUUAGAUUUAACUUGUUUAUACACUAAAGUAUGUUUUUCAUAUACACACAUCUUAAUUUUAAAUCAUAAUGGACUUGAAAAGACUACAGAAAGGUCUUGGCAUAACCUCACUGUUGCAGAAACCCUGCUGCCUGGCACCUCAUACAUAUGCACCAACAAACUCUGAGAAUAAUCUUUAACCAUCUAUCGCGCAUCCUGUGAUAACAGAACCACUUCACUUCACCUGCAGCUCUGCUCCGGCUUACAGACAUACUGUAAAUAUAGCUCACAAGCAUGCAAGAAAACACAUGUAACGUUUGCUUUUGCAUUUUUACUUGUGCAUUUUUACUUGUGCAUAUUUUACUCUUUACAGGCAUAUUUAAAAGUCAUUACCGAUGCGAUUUCACUUACGGUCAUCUUUGAUUUGAUGUAGAGAUUUCAUUUGGAGUAAUGGGUCUUUGCUAUUUAACUGCAGCACUUGAUGGUAUCGAUGUUUGUGGAUUUGAUUUCCUGCUAUCUAAUUUAUAAACUUGUAAACCUUUUUGUACAUUUCUUUCUAUUUUUAGGGUUGCCUUUUUUUUUUGCAACUGCAAACUGAAUUUGAAUUUAAGGAUUAUGUUUACACAAACGUGUAAGAUAAUCCGGAGUGUGUGGGUAUUUUUACAUCCCGUUCCUUCUUGGUAACAACCGAGCUUGUCCUUGUGGACACCGUUCACUGCAGCAGGGAUGGAUAUCUCACCACCCUGUCACGUAUGUCGAUUGAGUUUGACAUUUUGCCAAAAUUAUUCUCACCUGUCAGAAUAACUGCAAGGGUUAAUGGCUGCAUCAUUGACAGCGCAUGAUAACAGGGUUAAAAAAAUAAUAAAAAAAAUCCGUCCCUGCUGAAGCACACCAACCACACUCAAAACAAAAAAAACUGACACACAAUAUCUCUGUGCAAUAACAGAGGGCAGGGUGUGUAAGCUGGAAAAAACUGUGAAAAAUAAAUACAGUGCGUACGGACACUUCUGAUGUCAAGUAGCGUACACUGAAGCAGCUCCCCAGCUCCCAGCACUGUUUCUGCACUUACCUGCUGUGUUUGUUUCUCCCCCUUUUUUUAAAAAAAAAUAAUGAACUGCGUGACGUUGGACAGGGGUGAUGUUUUGACAGCGAGAGAUGGAGGAGAUUGGUCUGCACAGAUCGGCAGUCUUUGCAUCAAUGCCUCUGAUCAGAAAAAAAAAAACUGUAAAAGUAAAAACAACAUCUGCUGUGUGAAUGGAAACCUCAGACAGAAGGGACUGACAAUCACAGACUUCUCUACGCUCUCUCUCUCUUUAUCAAGUGACCUACUGUAUGAUAGAUUAUUCAACCAAUUUUUCCUCUUCUAUGCUGCCUAUACUGUAUGUGAUAGUCUUAACCUCCGGUCCUUAGAAGUGCUACUUUUGUCCUUUUCCUUUCUUUUAUUUAUUUAUUUUUUUGUAAAAUAACAGCAAGAGGAAUGAACAAGAAUUUAUGUACAAAAAAAAUGUGAAUAAGCUGCUGGAAGAAAUAAGCAUUGUUAACUGGUGUGUCCCAGACUGUGCCGGUAUUUAGACUGAACUGUUUUACUCUUUCAUGUUUGAAUCAAGGGGAUGCUAGGUGGGUAGGUGAGACUCAGCCAAGACAAAAAAAAAA